AUGAUCAGCGCCGGCAACAACAACCAGAGUGAUACGACCGGAAAUACGCCUGCAUCCCUCCGGCCUGGCGGGCCGGGUAUUGUGCAAGACCCGAAUAUAUGGGAGGAUGCCGAUCUAAGGCAACCACAGGGUGGGUCAAGCCACCUCGAUGCACCGCAAACGUUCGCACCCUCAAGCUCGCACGGGAGCGAGACUAAUCCCUUUCUGAGAAAGAUGGCGGAGGAAAAGACAGGUAGCAGCACAAACACGUCGGCGCCGAGUGGUGCGUUCGACAGGUUGUCACUCAACGAGCCCAGCAACAACCCGUGGGACACUUUACCGUCUACAAACACUGGGUCUAGCGUGGUCAUAGGCCAUGGCCUAGAUGGCACUAAGGACCCUUGGGCAAUGGACGACCCCGCGCGACAACCCGCUGCAGUUUCUUUGUCCAGUCAGCCCACUCUCACGGCUCCUGCGAACGAUGGCGAGGAUCUUUUGAUAUGGGCUGAUGAACCUACGCGUCCGCCCAAGCAGCCCAUUUCCACGCCGAGCAAGAUCGACGACGACAAGGUAGAUUCAGAGAAGAAUGUUUGGGAUGAUGGUCUCAAACGCACUCCGGCCGAUACUGGCAAGGCGCCUGCUGUGCCGGAAAUUAGGACAGAAGAGCCGUCUGAGGAGUGGGAUAUGAUCUUUAAUGACUCAAGUGCCAGAGACAACAGCACACCCCAAGACCUGUUAACUUCGAGCACAACACCGUUGAGGGAAACUACCUCAGGCAAAUCAGUAGCUCCAUCUCCAGAGCCGACAACGAGCCAGACACAGGCAUAUGUGCCACCACCUAGACCCCCUCCGAGGACUACGGGAAGGGAAGUGACGGAGAUGUAUCACAUUAAGUCGAUAAACUGGUACGACCACAGAGCGAGUCGGAACCCCAGAACGUCUCCCAUAUUAGUCCAGAACGCCAACGGCCCCUGUCCUUUGGUCGCGCUGGUCAACGCUCUCGUUUUAACUCACCCGCCUGAAAAUGAAGAUACCCCCAUCAUCCAGGUCCUCAAAUCUCGCGAACAAAUUAGUAUAUCACUACUACUUGACGCGGUCGUUGACGAGCUCAUAUCUAUACCCCGGCAAGGGAGUGGCGAGCUCCCCGACAUGACGGACCUCUAUAACUUUUUGAAGGGGCUCGAUACAGGCAUGAAUGUGAAUCCUCGCUUCAUCCCAUCCGAAGACGUUGCCGAACGUAUAAAAGCCACGUACCUAUCACAUGUACCCGCAUACGAGAGGGAUCAGUGUAUACCUGGAGUGUUCGAGGCGACGAAGGAAAUGGAGUUGUACGCCACCUUCGCUAUCCCCCUGGUUCACGGAUGGCUUCCCAGCUCGAGCGAGCUCGUGUACGACUCGCUAAAACGACGCGCCACGUCGUACGAGGAGGCGCAGCAUCUCCUGUUCCUAGAGGAGGAGCUCAACGAAAAACUAGAAAAUCCAAAUUCUUCAGGUCUCACGCCGGAGGAACAGGUACUCUACCAAGACCUAUUGAUCAUCAAGACGUUCCUACAUGGCUCAGCAACGCAGCUCACGCCGUGGGGCCUCGAAGUCCUUAGAAAGGCGAUGGAGCCCGGUAUGGUGGCCAUCUUGUUCCGGAACGACCAUUUCUCUACCCUCUACAAGCACCCGAAGACGCUGGGGCUCCUCACUCUGGUGACAGACGCAGGGUAUGCUGGCCACCAAGAGGUUGUGUGGGAAUCUCUGCGCAACGUCAACGGAGACGUCGAGUUUUACUCGGGCGACUUCCGUAUCGUCAGCGGCGCCGAGACCGGUAGGGGUGGUCAGAACGUGCCUGGAGCUUUCCCCGGCAGCACAGGUGAGGGCGACUGGCCCACUCCCGGCGCGUCGUCAGACAAUCAGGAAGGUUGGACGACAGUACGCGGUCGUGGUAACGGUGGGCGGCACGACGAACCACAGCGGUCCCUGAACCUCGAGCAGGAGGAUCAGGAUUAUGCUAUGGCUUUGCAGUUGCAGGAGGAAGAGGACGAGAGGCACCGCCAAGAGCAGGAAGCUCGGCGGCAGCAGGAGCGGAGGUUCUCCGAGCGUGUCAUGGAGCAGCAGGGAAGACACAGGCCGGAACCGUUCUCUAACCGAAGCAGUCUACCAGCUAUCCCUAACCGAACUAGCGGCCUCCGACGACCCAGCGGCGCUACCACGACGACGACACCUUCUCAGCAAGUGGUACGACCUCUGGUCCCUCCCCCAGGAACCCCCGUCGGCAGACCUGCCGUCCACCGACCGGGAGACGCCAGCGCCGACGACGCGCCGCCUUCAUACGAUGAGUCGGCCAACGACACGCCGUUUCGCCCGCCGGUCGGGCACCCCAGCCACCCUAGCAGCGUCCCUGGCGGCGUCUCGCAGCAGCAAGAGUCUUAUGCGGGCCCGCGCCGCUCCAGCGCCGCCAUGGUGGCCUCUUCCUCUUCUCCCCGCCCCCUGCAACCGCCGAUUCAGAGACGACCCGUACCGCCAUCGGCUAUCGCCGGCAGCUCGAGCGGGUCAACGAGGGACCGUGAUUGCGUGGUCAUGUAG